ACUAGCACAGCAUCAGCUGUAGUGUGUCGGAGAGUCAGAAACUUCCCUCACUCCGACUCGCCCGCUUCCUCUCUCCCAAAUUCCCUCAGACACGGUUUUACUUAUCUUCCCCCAGGAGCAGCUAUACUCACCGGCGCCCCUUUCAACAGGCUGGUACGGCGUGGGUUUUUUUUGUCCUUAUUUAUUUUUUAAGCCCUGUCUCUGGUCUAUCUGGAGGCUCUCAGGAGGGGUUCCUUGCCCGGUUCGUUCAGGACAUCGGACGCAACAACUUCAGUGACGCGACCAAGCCCCCCCACCCCAUCCCCCACCACCUCCUCCUCCUCCUCCGAUUCUGCCUGAGGAAUGAGAGGACUGCCGGAAAGGAAGAGCCAAAACUCGCAUGUUUGAAUGAACAAAAGAACAGAAAGCGGGGACUGAAAUGGAGGAAAAUACUCUGCUAGGAGCAACAUCUCCCCAGUCAGAUCUGAGUACAAACCCUACGAGACCGGAUCCAGAGGGGGAGAGCAGCCCCUCGAAGAUGGACAAAACCCCCAGAAUGGAGUCUCCAGCUAAGAAAGAUACAGACCGGAGAUUGACUACCCCCACAAAAUCUGACGCCCUUACGCGAUCACCUGGGUCUCCUGCAUCACCUGUCCCAAGGUCGAAAAGGAAGGAAGACAUCAUGAAGUCAGAGGAGAGGCAGAAGCUUGCCAAGGAGCGCAGAGAGGAGAAGGCCAAAUAUCUUGAAGAGCUCAGCAUGUUACAAGCUGCUAAAAAGACCCAGUGGCUGGAGAAGGAGGAGAAGGCCCGGCGGCUGAGGGACCAGCAGCUGGAGGAGCGCCGCAGAAAGCUUGAGGAACAGCGGCUCAAGGCAGAAAAGCGAAGGGCUGCCCUGGAGGAGAGGCAGAAACAGAAACUGGAGAAAAAUAAAGAACGCUACGAGGCAGCCAUCCACAGGUCAACCAAGAAGACGUGGGCAGAAAUCCGUCAGCAGAGAUGGUCCUUGGCCGGCGCGCUAAGCCACAACUCCAGCCAGAAAGAGAGCAGAUGCUCUGUGUCAACGGUCAACCUGCCCAAACAUGUGGAUUCUGUUAUAAACAAGCGACUGUCCAAGUCCUCCGCCACGCUCUGGAACUCCCCCAGCAGAACCCGUAACCUUGCACUGAGUCCAUGGGAGAGCAGCAUCGUCGACCGGCUGAUGACGCCAACGCUGUCUUUCCUCGCUAGAAGCCGCAGCGCUGCUAGUGUCCUCCACAGUGGCAGAGACGGUCACUCUCCUCUGUGCCCCCGUUCAGCCUCAGCCAGCCCCCUCACCUUGUGUGCCCACCAGCCCCAUCACCGCUGCUCAGACCGCUGGAGAGUGACAUCCAGCACACCAGACAUCACCCAGCGCCAACACAGACGGAGCUCCACACCCAUGGAUAAAAACAAGAAAGAAAAGAGAGACAAGGAACGGGAGAAUGAGAAGGAGAAAAGUGCCAUCACUAAAGAGAAGGUGCUUAAGAAGAGACAGUCGCUACCCAGCAUGAGACACAGACCUGAUCCAAGUCCCAGCCCUCUAUCAAGACAACGGCCAUCAUCCCCAGCCACCCCUAAGGGCAGAACCGCCUCCCCCAGCCCCGCUGCGUCCCCCAAGCCUCCAUCAACUCGUGGAAGCCCGUCGACUCCUAAAGGUCGGCCAAAACGAGCCAGGACCCCUGCCAGGAUAGACCACCGCACCUCCUCCCCUGCCCCUCUCGAAAGAGUGAAGGAGCCUCGCAGGCCCGCCACACCUGAGGAGAGAAAGGGUUCCCCUGUGGUUCCCGCCAUCGUAGUAUCCUCAGCCGCUGCCUCACCGCCUGCAUUGAGCACACCCGCUAGAACCACGGCAGCCUCCCCCUCACCUGAGCCGGUCCACUCAGCUCCGUCUGUCCCUGCGGCAUCACCUGCACCCUCACCAUCAGCCAAGCCCAUGGCCGGCACAAACGACCCUGAGGAGGCGGCUCGCAUCCUGACAGAGAAGCGCAGACAAGCCCGAGAGCAGAGGGAGAGGGACGAGCAGGAGCGCCGCGAACAGGAGGAGAAGGAGAGGAUUCUCAGAGAGGAGAGAAUAGCGAGGGAGGCGGAGGAGAGGCAGCGCAGGGAGGAGGAGGCCCGCGCCAUGGCCGAGGAGCAGCGGAGGAGGGACGAAGCUCAGCGCCUGCAGGAGGAGAAGGAGGCUCAGGAGAGAGCCAAAGCCGAGCAGGAGGAGAACCUACGCCUGCAAAAACAGAAAGAAGAGGCUGAGGCUAAAGCCCGGGAGGAGGCGGAGAAGCAGCGUCUGGAGAGGGAGAAACACUUCCAGAAGGAGGAGCAGGAGAGGCUGGAGAGGAAAAGGCGUCUGGAGGAGAUCAUGAAGAGGACACGCAAGACAGAUGGAGGUGACAAGAAAGAGACAAAGCCCACCCCGCUUGCACAUGCCAACGACAAAGAGGCAGACGGCAGCAAAGCAUCUGCUGAGUAUGAGCCAAAGCCAGAGGUCAACCUCUCCAAUAACAUGACAGAAAAUGGACAGACCAAUAUCAAAGAAAGUAGCCCCUCAGUCCAAGUAGUUAAUGGAGUCCAGCCUGCAAGGCAUGAAAAUGGUCUGUCCACCAAAGGAGACACUGCCCACUAUGGAGAUAUCAUCCAUCUCGCAAAUCACGGCAACACCACUAACGGAGCACGGGAUAAGUCUGAGACCACUGUGGCCAGUGAGCCGAUCCUCGCGUUUGAAAGUGAGGAUUCAUUCAUGAAAAAGGCGGGGCCCAUGAAGCCUCAGCAUGUUGCAGAGGUCCUGUGACGUGUUUAAGUGCUCGUCGCCUUAGGCCACUGACCUUUCUCAGCCCUGCCAACGCUCGCAUGGGGAGCUCUGUGACCUGUGCCAAUGAACGACCUUUUCUGAGCCCCUAUUAGCAACCAUGCAUCUCUCUGAAGAUGAAGUGGGCCUCAGGAGAUGAUGACCAAGCACCAGGACACGAGCAACAAAACAAAACAGGAUGAAAGGUGUUUCCGCAAGCAGCACAGGUGCAUCAGUGUUAAACAUUUGUAGAGAUCUUUGUGGGACAGUUUCCAUGCACCUUAAUACUUGACCGUAUCAUCCUUUUUACAGUACAGCUGAGUAAUUAUUACAAUAAGCUGUGGUGGUUGUUGUCUUUGUUCUUUAGUUAUUUAACUGAAAGAGAAAUAUAAAAGACUGGGUACAUUUUUGUGAAUAAUGUAAAUUAACUUCGUGGGACGGACAAAGGAGGGACGGGGGUCUGUGGAUUGAAGCUGUAAGAAAGGGAGUCAUUUUAUGCCACUUUUCUCUGAGUAGACCUUCUAUGUGAAACCCAGGUAUUAUACAUCCUGGUCUGUAUAAAGAUACCUGUAACAGUUUUUUGUAAAGUUGAACUGAGAAAUCUGGAAAAAAAAAAUUGAAAUGUAAGUUCAAAUGCAACGGCUUCUUAAUGUGUGUAAACAUAACGUCUGUCUCAGCUAUGACUGAUUGUAUGCAGAACUGGAUGUAAUGAUGAGUCUCCAACCUUCACGCUUAAGAAACUUCAAGUUAUCAAAGUUCACAUCCCGAUAAACAGGAAUUUAUGCCACUAUUUAAUAGUUAAAGCUGUGUCUAUGUCAGAUGUGCAAGCAUGACUAUUCUCUCAUUUGCAGUAAGGUUUCAUGGACUCAUCUGUAUUUGAAAUGCUGGUGCGUGUACAUGCUAUAAUUACUUUGAUGUGCAUUACAAGGUCAAUGAGAGUAUCUCAAGUCUUAUUAAAGACAAGCUGUCCAGUC